AUGCCUCCGGCCAGCCAAAAUGCUCCAGUAGACUCCGAAGAUGGCUUUUCUUCAGACGAAGAAAUCAUGGAAGAAUCCGGCGGAGAAGAAGAUGAAGCUACAGUCGGAUUCCCAGAGACUCAAGCCCAGAAAGAACAACAGGACUGGAGCAGACGCACAGACACACUCUUCGAGUCAGCGGCGGAGCAGAAAGAAGCAGAAGAAAGACGAGUCAGAAUCGCUGCCCAAUGGAACGAGCCGCUCAAAGACAUCAAGGAAGAAUCCGAAAGCAACGCAUCAGUCAGAAUGGAGCAGAAGGAAAAAGCGGAAGCUGAAAGACGACUCCAGAAAGAAGAGUUCGAGAAGAUUCAGAAGCUGAAGCAAGAACAGGAGGACAAAGCGAGAGCCAGAGAAGCCAUCAGACUCCGAAUGCAGCGACAAGUGGAUGAAAACACCAGAAUCCGACGCGAAUACCACGAGGAAAUUCAGCGGAAGAAGGAGGAAGAAGAAGCUCAGAAAAGACGCCUCGCCCAAGACAAAGAAGCAGAAGAAAGACGCCGAGCAGCCAUCAAGGCAGACGAAGAGAAAGUCCUCACCAAACCAGAAGUUGGAAUCAGGCUCGUCGCAGAAACCGGCAGAAGAGGGAAUCACUACCACCUGUCGAAGAAGGAAGCGAAGCUUAUGAGCAGAAUCUCAGGAUCGAACUUCGAAGAAAUCAGGCAAGCUUGGUUCAACAGCGAAGGACUCCUCAAAUUCAAAGACUCCAAAAACCCGGGCCACCGCCACUACAAGUACACCCUCCGAUCCGGCUGGACCAUCAAAGAAGGCACCGAAAACUGGAAGCUGGAUCCAGUCGCCAGACUCAGCGCAGAGGAACGACGAGUGGUCCAUUACUUGGUGGAAUCCCUCAACUACCAAGGAAUCAAACGAAGAUUCAAGGAGGCACUAGACACUGGACUCCUCAACCCGGCCAAGAUGGACGCGAUCCUCGUCUUUGCCUACAAGAUCUGCGGCGGAAACCUGGUCCACUACGUCCGAUUCGUGUUCGUCCGACUCUUCAGACUCCACGACAUCCCGAUUCCCCCAGUGCACUCAGACGCCGCCCCAAAACCUCCACGCCACUACUAG